GGGAGGUUGGAGUUGCUUUUGAGAAAGGGGUACUGCGAGUCAAAACAUCAAGAAGUUUUCAAGUUUGGCUGGGAUAGGACCCUAAGUGUUGGACAGGUGAUACUCGAUACUAAGCCUACUGAUAACGGUGAGCCAUUUGAAUUUGAGAAUGAGCUGAGAGCUGAGCUUCCGCAAGGUCCGCUAAUGGUGUCUAUUCGGACGACGCAGAGGUUGAUAAAUCUGACAUCGGAUAAAAUUUGCACGAUGGCCUCGGGGGGCGAGGCCGAGUACGAGGACGAGGCCGAGGCCGAGAGGGUGUACUUCGAGUCAAAACAUCAAGAAGUUUUCAAGUUUAGCUGGGAAGGACUCCAAGUGGUAAAACAAUUGGUUGGAGAGGUGGUACUCGAUACUAAGCCUACUGAUAACGGUGAGCCAUUCGAAUUUGAGAAUGAGCUGAGGGCUAAACUUUCGCAAGGUCUGCUAAUGGUGUCCAUUCGGACGACGCAGAGAUUGGCAAAUUUGACAUCAAAUAAAAUUUGCACGAUCGCCCUGGUCAGCCCGGACAGAGGAGGCGGUGGGGGUCGGCAGGGCGUUUCCCUAAAAAAUGCCCUAGAUGCAAUGAGAAGAUACCGGGGUGAGGAAGAUCGUAACACGACAUUUAUCGACUGGUUAGGGGAGGUUGGAGUUGUCUUUGAGAAAAAGGGGGUACUACGAGUCAAAACAUUAAGAAGUUCAAGUUUGGCUGGGACAGGACUCCAAGUGGUAAAACACUUGGUUGGAGAGGUGAUACUCGAUACUAAGCCUAGUGAUAACGGUGAGUCAUUCAAAUUUGAGAAUUAG